AUGCCUGUGGAGGCCCCUGGGAGCCGGAGUACUGAAUCUUCCAGUGUUGUGCUCGGGGCCCUCCUUGGCAAGGAAGCAGACCUGAACUCCAUUAGGAAGACCUACGGGUUUAUAAGGACCGGUCGAAACCAUCAGACUUUGGGAUUGCGAAAAGGGGAUCUCUUUCUACGUGGAUCUUACGACCUGACUGACUCCACCCAAGAGGUUCUGCGGCACAAGAUGUCCUCCUCCUUUAAAGCAUGUCCACGCCUUGACAUUGUCACGCUGGGUGUCAGAGACAAGCAAAUUAACACUUCGCCUUGUGAUUACAACGUGGCAAAGAAACCAGUGGAAAAAAUGCCCUGCAAGCAUGUGAUGUUUCGGUCAAACGUUCAAAGGAUCACCUUUCCACCAAAGGAGGGUCCUGCUCCUUGCAUCUACAAUCCUCAGAGCAAGCCCAGAAAAGGCAUCACUUCCCCUUUCAAAUCAAAGUUGCCACGGCUGCACAUAGUGCGUUCAACAACGCCAGGGCCAGGGGCCUACAAACCCUGCUGGAAGUCAGGUGACCACCUGAGCGCACAGACCACUGAGGAUCCUUCCUUCAGCCUCCUCUUCCGUCACAUUCCCAAGUGGGACAACUUGGAUUCCACGCAAGCGAUGCUCUCCUUAUCCAAUAAAAGUCAGCUGAAUAUAGCAAACCUGUGGUCGUUUAAUGCUUGGACUCGUGGCUUUCCUGGUGUGCCAGCAGCAUAA